AAAAUGCAGAAGCAAGUGGAGGUCAAGAUGGACGGGAGCCACCUUGAGCCCACCGUGGAAUCUUCUGACAACAUAUGCAGCAGCAUGUGUGAUAAAAUCAUGAAGAACAUGGUUCUCACUCUCACAAUCUUGGGUGUGUUUCUGGGCUCCAUCGCUGGAAUGCUGCUGCGCCACGUAUCGCCUCUCCCCCCCGACGUCGUUAUGAUCAUCUCCUUCCCCGGAGAGAUCCUAAUGAGGAUGCUGAAGAUGCUGAUUCUGCCUCUCGUCGUCUCCAGUCUGGUCACAGGACUGGCGGGUUUGGACGCCAAAUCCAGCGGCCGCUUGGGCACCAGGGCCAUGGUGUACUACAUGUCGACGACGGUGAUCGCGGCCGUCCUGGGAGUGAUCCUGGUGCUGCUCAUCCAUCCCGGCAACCCCAAGCUGAAGGCCAACCUCGGGCAGGGGAAGAAGAACGACGACGUCUCGAGCGUGGACGCCUUCUUCGAUCUCAUCCGGAAUCUUUUCCCGGAGAACUUGGUGCAGGCGUGCUUUCAGCAGAUCCAAACGGUAAUCACCAAAGUGCCGGUGCCCACCAACAGAACCAAAGCGCCCCCGCAGUUCACUGUGAAAAGGGCGCUCCAGUUCAAGGGAGGGAUGAAUGUCCUCGGUUUGAUCGGAUUCUUUGUCGCUUUUGGAGUAAUUAUGGGCAAAAUGGGGGAAAAGGCCAAAAUGAUGUUGGAGUUUUUCAACGUCCUGAAUGAGAUCGUCAUGAGGCUUGUUGGCGCAAUUAUGUGGUACUCCCCCUUCGGUAUCGCCUGCCUCAUCUGCGGAAAGAUCAUCUCCAUCGCGGACUUGGAGAUGGUCGCCAGGCAGCUGGGCAUGUACAUGGUCACUGUGAUAGUGGGCCUGAUCAUCCACGGAGGCAUCUUCCUUCCGCUGAUAUAUUUUGUGAUAGUAAGAGAAAACCCCUUCACCUUCUUCAUGGGGAUAUUCCAAGCGUGGGUCACGGCACUCGGAACAGCGUCCAGCGCCGGCACCUUGCCCGUCACGUUCCGAUGCCUGGAGGAGAACCUGGGCAUCGACAAGAGGGUCACGCGCUUCGUCCUCCCGGUGGGCGCCACCAUCAACAUGGACGGCACGGCGCUUUACGAGGCGGUGGCCGCCAUCUUCAUCGCUCAGAUGAACGGGAUCAACCUCGACUGGGGUCAGAUCAUCACCGUCAGUAUGACAGCCACCCUGGCCAGUGUUGGAGCAGCCAGUAUCCCCAGUGCUGGACUGGUGACCAUGCUUCUGAUCCUCACGGCGGUGGGGCUGCCCACCCAGGACAUCAGCCUCCUGGUCGCUGUCGACUGGCUGCUGGAUCGUUUCCGUACCUCCGUCAACGUGGUGGGGGACUCCUACGGCGCCGGCAUCGUGUACCACCUGUCCAAGCACGAGCUGGACUCCUUCGACCAACAGGCCCGGCUGGAGGACUUUGAGAUGGCGAAGACGCAGUCCUUCUUUGAGAAUAACAGCAACCAGAAUGUGUACGCUCACCACAACUCAAUCUUGAUAGACGACUGCAAGGUCACCAAUGGCAAAAUUGGCAACCCUGCAGGGUUCUCCCUUGUUGAGGAGGGACCGUGGAAAUGCGAGUAA